AGAGCAUCACACGCCGCACCUUAAACUACUAAGUUCUAAACAUCACACGAGCAUUUAGCUGGCAUUCCUCUCUCUGGUUCAGUUCAUGGACGCUACUCUAAUUCGGAUAACGUCCUCAUUUCUGCCCAAGCAUCGUCCCAAUUCGGUCUCUCGAUCCUCGCUAUGCUCCCGCAGUUGGAUCAACUCGAAUAGGAUGCUGCUUUACCACAAUUACUCCAGCGCCAGUUUCACGGUGGCGGGAACCGGCAGCGGAGGAGGAGAGGAGCCGGUGGCUUUGGACGAGUCGGCGUACGAGGCGGAGAGGUUGCGGCUGGACGCGCUGGCGCGGCAGUCGAUGGCCGAAGCUUCGGCGAGGGAGACGAUGGAAGCGGACGACGGCGGAGAGGCGGAGGAUCCGAAAGCUUGGAAGUGGAUAAUCCGGAAGCGGGUCUGGGAUCUGAUGGAGGCCCGGAACUUCGCUCAGAAUCCCCGACCCGUCCACCACCGGAUCCCCAACUUCGUCGGAGCUUCGACAGCCGCUCAAAAGCUGGGCGAGUUAGAAGAGUUCCAAAGGGCGAGUUGUGUGAAGGUAAACCCGGAUUCACCUCAGAAACAAGUCAGGUUCCUAACCCUUUCUGAUGGGAAGAAGCUGCUAACUCCUCAACCUCGGUUGAGAACCGGGUUCUUCUCGGUGCUGGAUCCUCAUUCCAACACCGGGUUGAAUCCUAGUACCAUGCUCGAGGCGUGUACAUCCGUUGGAGCUGCGAAAUACGGGAGGCCGAUUGGGUUGGAUGAGAAGAUCAAGGUGGAUCUUAUCGUCAUUGGUUCGGUUGCUGUUGAUCCCACCACCGGAGCUCGACUUGGCAAGGGCGAGGUAGGGAUUCGCAGAGCUCGAGUAUGGAAUGCUGCGGUAUAUGGGGGCCAUUGAUGACUCGACGCCGGUUGUCACUUCAGUGCACGAUUGCCAAUUGGUCGACGAUAUCCCAAUAGAUAAACUGCUGAUCCAUGAUGUCCCUGUCGACAUUAUAUGUACGCCAACACGAGUCAUAUUCACAAACACAAGGAUCCCAAAGCCUCAAGGGAUCUACUGGGAUAAAUUGUCUCCAGAGAAACUCGGCCAAGUUCGGAUACUCAGAGAGCUCAAGAGACGAAUCGAGAAGGAAACUGGACACAAACUUCCUACUGGACCAUCAGAGAAACUACCCCCUACCGCUCAGCGGAAGAAACGCAGAUAAGAGUUCUGUAAUGAAGCCAUUUCUGACUCCAGCUUAAAGUGCCACUCCUGGUGUACAAUGAACUGAAGAAAUUUGGUACACUAGUAGUUGAAACGAUUCUGUAUUGUACGAAAAUUGUUUCUUCUAACAUUAUAUAAUAGAGACAAGGAAAUACACGAAAGAACAUUAUAUGUAGAUGAGGGUGUGAAGGACUUGGAAGCAAAUAAAAAGAUGCAGAUGCACUGAGUACUUACCUCCUUACUCAACCCCUU